UUGAAUUGGUUCAUUCAAACAGCGGUCGCCUCGGGUAGGAAGGUGCGCACAGUGGAGCUUUUUGUUUUUCAGAUAGCUUAGGCUUUCAUUAGAUUCAGCAAGUGUGAUUUAGUCUUGAAGUAAAAACUUAACUUAAAUGAGAAAAUAACUACAUUGGAUAAUUAUACGCUAGUAGUUGUUUUUAACUAGGCUAACUUUGGCUCCUGAAGUGAAGAUUGGACGCACUAAGUUACCGAAAACUCGUUUUGGGUUGUGUUGAGCUGUUACAAAAAGGUAGCGAAUAUGACGUCAACUCUCUUGUCCCCAUGCGGAUUGCUGUCAGACGAGGACGAAUGUGGAGCGGUGCUCGAGUCCACUGCAGCAGACCUCGGAAGUCUGCUACGUCCUCAGCCCCCGCUACCCGAAAUUUCCCUCAUUGCUCCCACCAUAGAACCCUGCACGCCCGCAAGACAGGGUAAGGCUGCGGUGGAGCGGAAGGGGAGUGCAGACGAGGGCUCGGAGAAGCUGAAGGUGUUCCUGCGCAUCAGACCCCUCACCCAGGCAGAAAAGGACCGAGGAGAGGAGCAGGGGUGUGUGAGCAUGCAGGGGGACGAGACUCUAUUGCUGAAAGCGCCCAAAGACUCCCACAACAUGAGAAAUGCUGAGAGGGGAGUCACGCAGAGCAUGCACAAGUUCAGCUUCACUCAGAUCUGUGGAUCAGAGACGGGUCAGCAAGAGUUCUACGACCGCACCAUGAGAGAGAUGGUCCGGGACGUGCUGCAGGGCGAGAACCGGCUUCUGUACACCUACGGAGUCACCAACUCGGGCAAAACAUACACCAUACAAGGUUUGGGCUCGGAGGCUGGCCUGUUGCCGCGGGCAUUGGUGUCGGUGUUCCUGAAGCUGUCGGGUCGGCUCUAUCCGGCCAUGGACCUGAAACCUGUCUUGUGCCAGGAGGUGCGCAGACUGGACACCAAUGAGGUCAAAGUGGAGAGCAUCCGCAAAGCCGCGCUUCUGAAUGAGGAUGACUGCUCGACAUCUCGUCUACGUAAAGACGCCAGCAUGAGCUACGACAGUGGCAUCGGAGGCCUCUCCACCACCAGCCAUAUCGCCACCCAGCUGGAGGAUUCGGACAGCGUGUGUCUGGACGCUGAUGGACUAGGCUUGAGCCGCGGGGAGGAGCUGGAGGAAGGGAUGCAGAUCUCUGUGUGGGUUUCCUUUUACGAGAUCUACAACGAGUUCAUCUACGACCUCCUCGACACCCCACCCUCAAUGUACCACCGCAAGAGAGCCACGCUCCGCCUCAGUGACGACAAGCAUGGCAACCCCUACGUGAAGGAUCUCACUUGGAUUCAGGUGCAAAGUGCAGAUGAGGCCUGGAAGGUUCUGAAGGCUGGACGACGGAACCAGAGUUUUGCCAGCACACACCUGAACCACAACUCUAGCCGCAGCCACAGCAUCUUCACCAUUCGCCUGCUGCACAUCCAACCCGACUCUGACUUCAAACAGGGAACACGUAUCAGCGAUCUGUCUAUGUGUGACUUGGCUGGUUCAGAGCGCUGUAAGGACCAGAAGAAUGGAGACAGAAUGAAGGAGGCCAAUAACAUCAACACCUCCCUACACACACUGGGCCGCUGUAUGACGGCACUCAGAUACAAUCAGAACAACAGGUCUCGAGCCCCUCAGGUGGUUCCGUUCCGUGACAGCAAGCUGACGCGCGUGCUGCAGAACUUCUUCACGGGUCUGGGCCGCUCCAUCAUGGUGGUCAACAUCAACCCUUGUGCUUCCACCUACGACGAGACACUGCAGGCUCUCAAGUUCUCCGCCAUUGCAACACAGCUGGUCCAUGGCCCCUCCACUAAGACACGUGUGGCGUACAUCCUGUCACUGCUGCGUGAGCAGCAAGAUGGAGGAGCUGCCAAUGAGAGCAGCCUGCUGGAGGAUGAUGACAGUGACAACGAAGGAGACAUCACCAUGUUGGACUCCGACGCCUUGCUGCAGGCUAUAGAGGUGCUGAAGCGUGAAGUCCUGCGUCAGCGUCAGGAGAAGGCAGAGCUGGAGGCGAGCGUGAGGGAGGAGGUGUGUGCGGAGAUGAUGGAGGUCAUAUCACGCAUGCAGAGUGAUUUCAGUGAAACGUUAGAAACUGAACAGACCAUGAUUGAGGAGCGCUAUGAGAAGAAGAUCGGCAACCUCCACACCAGCCUCAAGAAAUACUACAGCCAGGAGAUCGAGGAGCGGGACGAGCAGAUCCGUGAACUCACCGCCGCCCUGGACAAGAGAUCCUCCAGGCCUGGGAGCACAGCGGUGGUGGCGGCGGCGCCCAUCUUCCCGCCGCUGGUGGCGGACGAGGAGGCGAGCGUGCGGCGGUCCCAGCGCCUGGCAGCAAACAGAGACACGCACACACACGUGGAGCUGGAGCAAUGCAGGCUGGAGCUGGAUCAGUGCAGGGCGGAGCUGGACCUCUGCAGGACAGAGCUCAGGCUCAAGACCCUCGAACUCCAGCGUGCCCAUGUGCAGAACCCAACACCUGGCAACAGUACCACCGCCUCCACAGCAGACCGGAAACUGGAGGAGGGGCAGAAGAACCUGCGUCAGCUGCGUGACGACCUGCAGAAGUUGGUGGCAGAGCUUCAGUCUGGAGAGCGGGCAUGCUGCAGAAACACAGACGGAGAGAGACUCCGACAGGCACUAAGCAGCGCAGAUGAGAAACUCAAUAAACAGGAUCAGAUGUUGGUGGAGCUCCACACAAGUCUGCAGCUGGUGAAGGCAGAGCUGAGGAGGAAGGCGGAGUGUAUGCCGCCACCUGCCCCUCCCACUCCCGGCUCGUCCUGUAAAAAGCGUGGCUGUGCCGCCGCCGCCGCUGCCAUGGCGAUGGAGAAUGUGGCCCCACCUGAGAAGCGUCCGUUCUUCCGCUCCCUUUUCCCAUCGCGCACGCCCGUCACGCGCCACAGAGCGGACGCCGUGGACAACAACGCCACGCCCUACGCCCGCGUGCUGCGCUCUCGCCAGCCGUCCCCACCGCCCAGCCCCUCCCCCAUGCGCCGGGGAAUGAAGUACUGAGAAGACGACAAUAAAGUUGUUAUUUUUGUACAAAGAAAUGCAAAACCUAAGUUGCAGCAGUGGUCCAGGGCAACAGGGCCUACUCUGUCUGUACAAGUCUGGUCAUUUAGUGCCAUAUCAAGCUUGUGUGUGUUAUUAUUUAAACAUUUAGGGACAAUUUCCCCUGCAUGGAUUAAGCCUGCUCCUAGACUAAAAGCUGUUUCGCAGUAGAAAUCUCUAUUGAAGCUAUGUGUUAGUCUAGGGCCAGGCUUAAUCCAUGUACGGGAGACCAACCCUCACUUCUCAUUAACCUUGAGCUUUAAAUCACAGUGAAGCAGUGCUCGAUGUUGGCUUUCUUGGGAGAUUAAUGUCGAUGUAGUGUUAAUAGGACACUGUUAAGGACGGCACAGGUUGUGGAGAUGCUUUUACAUGUUUGAUCAAGCUGAUUAGUGCCGAGUGCCCUUCCUGUCUGUCAUUAAGGGCCUAUUAUGUACUAUGCACUAGCCUUGGAUCUGUAGUAUACACACAGAAAUGUUAUGUAAUCUUUGAAAUACCGGGUGACUAUUUUAAAGUGUGUUUAUUUCUUUUAUGUCAAGGUAAUCGGUUUUAGCGUAGUCUUUAGUCUUGUGUAGAAUUUGACGGCCUAGAUCUGCCAAAAAAAGUGAUGCGGUGUUUGUUUGGUUUCCCAAGAUUGAUACUGCUACAUACUGUGUGUGUGUGAGCUGGAUGUGUGUGUCUUAAGUGGUAAAUUCUAUCACUGUUUGUCAACCACAAGCACUGAGGACCAAUGAGUCAGCAGUAUUAUUAUCACAGAAUUGAACUAAGAUUUCAGGGCAAAUCUGACGCCUUCCCCCCCCAACUAUUCUGCAUGUUAGUGGAAAGGCACUGGUUAUGCAUCUACUUGGUAUGCACAUACCUGUAUGAGUGGGUGGAUGGAUGCAUAUUCAUGAAGUCUCCUUUGCACAUAAAGUAUUCUACUACUACCGAGGGUCAUUGUUCAUGUAAAUAAUUGUAUUUCUACACUGUUAUAUAAACAAAACAUAUUUUUUAAAGGUGGCUAUAUGUCCCAUACUCUAACAGAGUUUAGUUUGAAGCAGCACCUAACAACCACGACAGUUUUCUGUCUAUUCUAUUCUUGUUUAUGCAUGUGCUUUCCUGUUUAUGUGUCAAAUCUUUCCUGUCUGUAAAAUCUGUUUCACAUUAAGAAUUAAAGCCAUUCUGUGGUCAUUCA